AUGUCUCCAGCAGCUCCCCCGCCUCCUCUGAGGCAGAAGAAACGCCGCAUAGCGAUAAUGACCAGCGGUGGUGAUUCCCCUGGCAUGAAUCCCGCGAUUAGAGCAGUGGUCCGAAUGGGAAUUGACAAGGGCUGCGACGUAUACGGCGUCUAUGAAGGGUACGAGGGUCUCGUCCAGGGCGGAGAUCUCAUCAGACAGUUCCAAUGGUCCGAAGUCCGCGGAUGGCUCUCUGAAGGAGGUACUUUGAUUGGCACUGCAAGAUGCAUGGCCUUCUACGAGCGCGCUGGCAGGCUCAAGGCGGCGAAGAACAUGGUCUUGCAUGGCAUUGAUGCCCUCAUCAUCUGCGGUGGUGACGGUUCCUUAACCGGAGCUGAUAAGUUUCGUUCAGAAUGGCCGGACUUGGUACAGGAAUUGGUUGAUACCAAGCAAUUGACUGCAGAGCAGACCAAGCCGUACAAGCACCUCAACAUUGUCGGCUUAGUUGGAUCCAUCGAUAAUGACAUGUCUGGUACUGAUGCUACGAUUGGAUGCUUCUCUGCUUUGGGUCGAAUCUGCGAAAUGGUGGAUUAUAUCGAAGCUACGGCAUCCUCACAUUCUCGAGCUUUCGUCAUCGAAGUUAUGGGCAGACACUGCGGCUGGCUAGCUCUGAUGGCGGGUGUAGCAACUGGUGCCGACUUUAUCUUCAUCCCCGAGAAACCGAGACCAGAGAAAUGGCGGGAAGAAAUGUGUGCAGUUGUGGCACAUCAUCGACAAAAUGGCAAGAGGAAGACUAUAGUUAUUGUUGCUGAAGGCGCAUAUGACCAAGAGGGAAACAAGAUUACCCCAGAAAUGAUCAAGGACCUCCUCGCGGACAAAGAAGGCCUUGCACUGGAUACUCGCAUUACAACUCUUGGUCAUGUCCAACGAGGAGGCUCAGCGUGUGCAUACGAUCGUUACCUUGGAACAUUACAAGGUGUGGAGGCAGUCAGGGCGGUUCUAGAUGCAACGCCCGACACACCCAGUCCAUUCAUUGCCGUGAACGAGAACAAAAUUACGCGGAAACCUCUAAUGCAAGCAGUUCUAGACACAAAAGAGGUGGCGAACGCCAUCGCGGCGAAAGACUUCGAUAGAGCAAUGUCACUUAGAGAUACCGAGUUUUCGGAUAUGUAUAACUCCUACAGGACCACAACAUCAACAGCUAUAGAUAAUUCCGUGCAUCUUCCUCCAAAAAAGCGCAUGAGAAUCGCCAUCAUCCAUGUGGGAGCACCAGCUGGAGGUGUUAACCCAGCAACUCGAGCAGCUGUAGCGUACUGUUUGACUCGAGGGCAUACCCCCCUUGCAAUCCAUAACGGCUUUGCUGGAUUUGCUCGGCAUCACGGUGAUAAACCUGAUGGAGCUGUUCGAGAAUUCGACUGGCUCGAGGUCGAUAACUGGGCGAAUAAGGGGGGUUCAGAGAUUGGUAUGAACCGUGAAACCCCUGUCGAAUCCGGCAUGGAGUUAAUCGCUUCGUUGUUCAAACUAUAUAAGUUUGACGGUCUAUUCAUUAUCGGUGGAUUCGAGGCAUUCCAAUCCUUAUCUCAAUUGCGAAAAGCUAGAGAGCAAUACUCUUCUCUUUGCAUCCCGAUGACACUCCUUCCGGCUACAAUCUCGAACAAUGUCCCCGGCACCGAAUACAGCAUCGGCUCCGAUACUUGCCUCAACGAGUUAAUGGCAUACUGCGACAAGGUGAAACAAUCCGCGUCCGCAUCCCGACGCAGGGUAUUCGUGAUCGAAACCCAAGGAGGACGUUCGGGCUACAUCGCUACCCUCGCCGGUCUUGCCGUCGGUGCCGUAGCAGUCUACACUCCCGAAGAGGGCAUCAGUAUUGCCAUGCUAGCAGCAGAUAUUGAGCAUCUACGCAAAGUAUUUGCAGGAGAUUCCGGGCAAUCGCGGGCUGGUCGUCUGAUCCUCGUCAAUGAGAAGGCAAGCAAAGUCUAUUCUGCUAAGUUAAUCGCAGAUAUGAUUCGUGAGGAGGCACACGAGCGCUUUGAAUCUCGUGACUCGAUUCCAGGACACGUCCAACAAGGCGGAGUACCAUCACCUAUGGAUCGCACUCGCGCCGUGAGAUUAGCUAUCAAAUGUAUAGAGCACCUAGAGCAGUUCGAAGAUAGAUCCGACAGCGCGAUUCUGAGCAAUCCGCAGAGUGCGACCGUGAUUGGCAUCAAGGGGGCUAGCGUAGUAUUCAGCCCCAUGAAGGAAGUGGAGGAGAAUGAGACCGAUUGGCCAAAUCGGAGGCCUAAUCACGAAUUUUGGUUAGAAUUGAAAGGGAUCGUGGAUACUUUGAGCGGUAGACCGGACGUCCCGCGGCCGGAAUCUCCAUUGGUCGGUUGGAAAGCGAAAGAUAAGAAACGAGGUCUUUCUUAG